CUCUGCCCCCCAGAUGUGCGAGGAGCCCCCCUCCACCGCGCCCAGUACAUGCACUCCCCUUAUGACCGGCCCUGGAACCCCCGGUUCUGCAUCAUCUCCGGCAACCAGCUGCUGAUGCUGGAUGAGGAAGAGAUCCACCCGCUGCUCCUCCGCGAACGCCAGAGGGACCCCACCCGGAGCAAGCUCCUGCGCCGCACCGUCAGCGUUCCUGUGGAGGGGCGCCCCCACCCCGAGCACGAGCACCACGCCGGCCGUUCCCGGCGGAAGAGUGUUCCUGGAGGAAAGCAGUACCGAUCACCUGGACGCCCCCCUGCGCCACCCUUCCGGGCCUCGCAACAGGGAUUUCUCAGCCGCCGCCUGAAGAGCUCCAUCAAGCGCACCAAGAGCCAGCCCAAACUGGACCGCACCAGCAGCUUCCGCCAGAUGUUGCCCCGGUUCCGGAGUGCUGACCAUGACAGGACCCGCCUGAUGCAGAGCUUCAAGGAGUCCCACUCGCACGAGUCCCUGCUCAGCCCCAGCAGCGCCGCAGAGGCCCUAGAGCUCAACCUGGAUGAGGACUCCCUCAUCAAACCCGUCCACAGUAGCAUCCUCGGCCAAGAGUUCUGCUUCGAGGUGACUACGUCUUCUGGCACCAAGUGCUUUGCCUGCCGUUCCGCCGCCGAGCGUGACAAAUGGAUUGAGAACUUGCAGCGGGCGGUCAAGCCCAACAAGGACAACAGUCGGCGCGUGGACAAUGUGCUGAAGCUGUGGAUUAUUGAGGCGCGGGACCUGCCCCCCAAGAAGCGCUACUACUGCGAGCUCUGCCUAGACGACAUGCUGUAUGCGCGGACCACCAGCAAAGUGCGGACAGACAACGUCUUUUGGGGGGAGCACUUUGAGUUCAACAACCUGCCAGCGGUGCGGACCAUCCGGCUGCACCUCUACAAGGACACGGACAAGAAGCGGAAGAAAGACCGGAGCAACUACGUGGGCAUGGUCAGCAUCCCCAUCGCCAGCGUGACCGGCCGCCACUUUGCGGAGCAGUGGUACCCUCUCAGCCAGCCAAGUGCCAGCAAGAGCAAGUCCGGCUGCCCGGCCGUCCGGGUCAAGAGCCGCUUCCAGACCAUGAGCAUCCUCCCCAUGGAGCUCUACAAGGAGUUUGCCGAGUAUGUCACCAACAACUACCGCAUGCUCUGCGCUGUUCUGGAGCCCGUGCUGAGUGUCAAGAGCAAGGAGGAGGUGGCCUGUGCCCUCGUCCACAUCCUCCAGAGCACCGGCAAGGCCAAGGACUUCCUCUCGGACAUGGCCAUGACGGAAGUGGACCGCUUCAUGGACCGGGAGCACCUGAUCUUCCGGGAGAACACACUGGCCACCAAAGCCAUAGAAGAGUAUCUCAAGUUGAUCGGACAAAAAUACCUCAAGGAUGCCAUUGGCGAAUUCAUCCGCGCUCUGUACGAGUCGGAGGAGAACUGCGAGGUGGACCCCAUGAAGUGCUCAACCUCCACCCUGGCUGACCACCAGGCCAACCUCCGGAUGUGCUGUGAACUGGCCCUCUGCAAGGUGGUCAAUUCCCACUGCGUCUUUCCACGAGAGCUGAAGGAGGUCUUUGCGUCCUGGCGGCUGCGCUGCGCUGAGCGUGGCCGGGAGGACAUUGCUGACCGCCUGAUCAGCGCCUCCCUCUUCCUGCGCUUCCUCUGCCCGGCCGUCAUGUCCCCCAGCCUCUUCGGCCUCAUGCAGGAAUACCCGGACGAGCAGACGUCGCGCACCCUCACCCUCAUUGCUAAGGUCAUCCAGAACCUCGCCAACUUCUCCAAGUUUGGGAGCAAGGAGGAGUACAUGGCCUUCAUGAACGAGUUCCUGGAGCUGGAGUGGGCCAGCAUGCAGCAGUUCCUCUAUGAGAUCUCCAACCUGGACACGCUCACCAACAGCAGCAACUUCGAGGGCUACAUCGACCUCGGGCGGGAGCUCUCCACCCUACAUGCCCUCCUCUGGGAAGUCAUGCCCCAGCUCAGCAAGGAGGCCCUGAUGAAACUCGGCCCGCUGCCCCGGCUCCUCAAUGACAUCAGCCUCGCUCUCAGGAACCCCCACAUCCAGCGCCAGCCCAGCCACCAGGGAGACCGGCUCCAGCCCAAGCCCCUCGUCCUCCGGGGACCCUCUGCGGAGGUCCAGUCCUCCUACAUGAUGCGCGACCUCAACAGCUCUGUCGAUAUGCAGCCCUACAUGAUGCGGGGCAUCAACAGCUCCGUAGACAUGACCAGGCUGUCCUCCCCCACAAAGGAGAAGGGCUCUAAGGACAUGUUCUUCGUGGCCCGGCCCCCACUGGCCCGCUCCUCCCCGGCCUACUGCACCAGCAGCUCGGACAUCACGGAGCCUGACCAGAAGGUGCUGAGUGUCAACAAGAGCGUCUCCAUGCUGGACCUGCAGGACAGCCGCAUGAACAGCAUCUCCAACCUCCACAGUGUGGGCGACCUCCUCAACAGUAGCCAGGCCUCCAUCACGGCUGGCCUGGGGCUCCGGCCCAGCCGCCUCUCCCAGGGCAGCGGCUCCAGCAUCGCCGCUGGCCUCCGCCUCAGCCAGAUGGGCAUGACCGCUGACGGCCUGGGCGGGGGCGGCGGGGGUACCUCUUCCGCCCAGCAGCUGAGGAUCCCCCUCUCCUUCCAGAACCCCCUCUUCCACAUGGCCUCUGACGGUCCAGCGGCCGGGGGCCACGGCGGGCCCCUCCAUCCGCACCAGCACCGGCCGGCAGAGGGCAACCCGGACGCCGCCACAGCCGCCUUUGCCCCCUUCCAUGGCUACAGCAAGAGCGAGGACCUCUCCGCCGCCUCUGCCACCAGCAAGCACAUCAUCCACAGCCACAGUUACAGCGACGAGUUCACCCGGCAGGGCUCCGAGUUCACCAAGCGGCAGCUCUCCCUCCAGGAGAACCUGCAGAACAUGCUCUCACCCCCGCAGAUCACCAUUGGGCCCCAGCCCCAGCGCGCCCCCCCCCCCGCCCCCCCCCCCCCGCAGCAGCCCCCACCCCUGCAGCCCCCCCUUCAGCGGGGGAAGUCCCAGCAGCUCACCGUCUCAGCCGCCCAGAAGCCCCGGCCCUCCAGUGGCAACCUCCUCCAGCCGGACGCCCCCUACGGACCGGCGCGCGGGCGGCAGCAGUCACUGGCCAAGGAGACCCCCUCCGCCCUCAAGCCAUCCCUCACCAAGCAGACAUCACACACGCCUUCCACGCUGAACCCGGCCCUGCCGGCCUCGGAGCGGACAGUCGCCUGGGUCUCCAACAUGCCCCACCUCUCGGCCGACAUCGAGAGCUCCCACAUUGAGCGGGAGGAGUACAAGCUGAAGGAGUACUCCAAGUCCAUGGACGAGAGUCGGCUGGACCGGGUGAAGGAGUACGAGGAGGAGAUCCACUCGCUGAAGGAGCGCCUGCACAUGUCCAACCGGAAGCUGGAGGAGUACGAGCGGCGCCUCCUCACCCAGGAGGAGCAGACCAGCAAGAUCCUCCAGCAGUACCAGCAGCGCCUGGAGCAGAGUGAAAAGCGUCUCCGCCAGCAGCAGGUGGAGAAGGACUCCCAGAUCAAGAGCAUCAUUGGCAGGUUGAUGCUGGUGGAGGAGGAACUGCGCAGGGAUCACUCGGCCGCCCUCGACGCCUCCGAAACACGGAAGCGGCUGCUCGACGCUCAGGAGAGGCAGUUUCCCGCCGUGGGUGCAGCAAACCCGCGUCUGAGCGCCGCUAUGGGGCCCCCCUGGAACGGGAUCCUCCCCGGGCCACCGCCUCCGCCCCCGCGACUCCAGAUCACGGAAAAUGGAGAGUUUCGCAACACCGCGUCUGAGCACUAGCGACCGCCCCCCCCGCCCCGGACCCCCGCCCAGCCCAGGCGCAUGGUGCAGGCAGCAGCGGCGGUGGGGGGCUGUGGUGGGGGGCAAGGGGUGGGGUGCCGGUCCAGACCCGCCGCCGCCGCCACACACAGGGGCCUCCCUCUGGGGGUCCCGGAUGCAACUUCAGGGUGUUUUAUAGCAGGACACAGACGACAAUCUAAACCCCUCCUCACCUCCAUCCGCCAUCCGGAGUCCUUUCCCUACCCCCCAAAAGGAGAAGGGAGGGGUCCCCCCUUCCCCCUGCCUCCUUCCUUCCCCCCAUAUUUCUCAGGAGUGGCCUCCCAUCCCAUGCCCCCAGCCUUUAUUGAGGCAGCAGCAGCAGCAGCAGUGGGGUGUGGGGAAAGGGGAGGUAGGGGCUGCUCCCCACUUUUGCCCCCUGCCCCACUCUGCCACAACCCUUUUUGAUGCUGGGGAAGAGCAGCUUUGCCUUGUGGGGGGCAGGUUGGCCCUGAUUUCCUUGAGAGGCAUGACC